AUGCUUCUCAAAAGAUACCUCCACUUACUUGACAACGCAGCUGCUUUGAUGGCAUCUUUUACGGGGUUCGUUGAUCUCGCCUUGAAGGUUCUGAGAAAAGUUACUCAUACCAGUGACUCCUCGACGAGUUAUAAUAUGAUCGAGAAGAGGAAGGUGCUGCUUGCAGAGUUUGAGGGUGAUAGAAUUAGUAACCUUCCCGCCCAUCUAAUACAACUAAUUCUUACGUCCUUACCCAUAAGAGAAGCAGGGAAAACUAGCAUACUGUCAAGACAAUGGAGGCACCAUUGGAGAAACAUCACCCGCCUUGUGUUUGAUGAUGACUUUUAUGAACUGGAGGACUCAGAUUCUGAAUCGGAAGUGAAUAGUCUAGUCAUGAGAAUUCAGCAAGCUCUGCAGGUUCAUGAUGGACCUAUAAGCGAGUUUGUGCUUUCGAUUUCUGGAUUAACAGCCGCUGCUGAUAAUCUUCACUUGGUUUCUUACCUCUCCAACAAAGGCAUCUCUGCACUCUCCCUUCUGUUCGAUUUUGACCAGCACUCAUACGGUGAAGAGAUCAGCUCUUCUGUUUUUCUUGCUCGUAAAUUGGAUAGCCUGAAACUGCAGGCAUGUAAAUUAAAAGUACCAACUUGGUUUGUGGGAUUUACCAGGCUGACUGUUCUUCAGUUAGAAAUGGUAUGUUUGCCCGAUGAUUUCUUUCAGAGUUUUCUUCUCGAGUGCCCGCUGCUUGAAGAUUUGAGAGCUUCCUACGUUGUGGGUCCUAGUAAGCUUGAAAUUGUAGGUCCACCACGUCUCAAAGUGUGCAUCUUUAGGGCGUAUCGUGUGCUAGAAACUAUUAGCUUCAGUUCUACUCCGUUGCUUUCUUUGAUUUCAAUUCAAGCGGAGAUGUAUGUUCAGUAUGUUUCCGAUACAACUGCUGUAGAUAUAGUCUCUACAUUUGUUUCCCUCCCAGCACUCCAGCAAUUGAAUCUAAGCUUUGAGUGCCUCCAUUUACUUGCUGCAGGUCCUGUUCCAGACAGGUUUCCUACGGCACUUCACCACUUGGAAGUUCUUGACAUUGGCAAUUGUUAUGAUGAUCAGUGUUUGCUUGAGCUGGAGGUUCUCCUUUGUCUUAUAAGGAGUUCCCCCAACUUGUAUAAACUUACAAUUCAGGACACUCGCAUACUUGAUGGUUUAAAUGUUGAGAGAGAAUUGACUCCCUUGACAUCUGAAUCAAAUGGAUAUCCAGAUCCUGAAGCUGAAGGUAGUUACUGUCAAAGUCUUACAGAAGUCCAUGUCCGGAAUGGUAAAGGCUCCCGGGAUGAGCUAGACCUGUUGAGAUUUCUGUUGGCCAACGCCCCGCGACUGAGUAGAAUUGUCAUUAAACCGGAGUAUAAGUUGAGUUGGGGAAGUUGUGUAGACUUCUUGGAGAAGGUUAGACAAUGUGAAUGUGUCUCAAAAGAAGCUGAGAUCAUAUAUGUCAAUAUGUCUGAUGUGAUCCUCUUAAGUAGGAGAUUGGCAACUUCUUAGCUUAUAUUAUUCACGACCUUUUAUCUCCCACAAAGCAAUACUCUAACUUAGCAGUUUAUCUUGAUGGUUUGGAGCUGGGAAUGGUGUAAGGACUUUCAUAUGGGUGUUUUUCUCUCUUAAUUUACCUUUCUAAUGUUACUCUAUCUUCUCUCUAAGAGAGCCUCCAUUUUCAAGCCUUCCAUGGCUGCCGCCGGCUCCCUCUGGUGACCGGCGGCAACCCAAGCUUCUAUUUUCGUUUGCUUUUCUUGCUUUCCAUGUUCUCGUUUUUCUUGCCUUUGUUCUAGGCGUUUCACCUGCAAGUAUUUCAAUUUCUCCAGCCGUUUUGGCAUUCCAGAUCUAGGGUUUUCCAGGUUCAAGGCUUUGCUUGGUUGCGGGAUACAGAGGUUGCAGCUUGUGAAGCUUGAUUUUCUCUCUGUGAUGGUUGGUCUUCCAGGUUGGCGGUAUCAUCUCCGAGGUGAAGCCAUUCUCAUCUUUCCCCCUCUAACUUCCCCAGGCUGUUGUUGGUGCUUGGAUGGUUGUCGGAUCGUGGAGGGGUGAGUCAUCUACGGUUUCUAUGGUGGAAGUCGGUUCCUUUGUGGCGGUAAGUGGCUCUCCUCAAACAGGGGGCACUUCUGCUGCAGACUCUGAAGGAAAUCUUCAGGCAUGAUGACAUCCUCAAGUUCAAGAAAGGCAAGCUUAUGAGGUCCCACGUACGAAAGAA